UUUUUAGUCCUGGUAAAUAGCAGCAGAGUGAGACCUCCAACUUUGUUUCUGCUAAGGGGCAGCUAGCCUGGAGUCUGUCAUCGUGACAACUUUUGGUUUAUUUCUCUCCAUUAAUCUGUCUCUCUGCAAGCAAUAGCAUGUUUGCCGUCAGAAACGCUCUCCGCCUCGGCUCCAGGCUGUCCAUCCCCGCGGUGGCGAGGAGGGGAUGCGCCGGGGCUGCCGUCCCGGUGGACGACGUGGUGAACGGGCUCACCGACGACCAGAUACAGCUUAGGCAGACGGUUCGUAAAUUCUGUGCAGAAAAGCUCGCGCCCCACGCUGACGAGAUCGACAAGACGAAUGAGUUUCCAGGAAUGCGGAAUUUUUGGAAAGAAAUGGGGGAGAUGGGACUCCUUGGGAUCACUGCUCCAGAGCAGUAUGGGGGCACAGGAUUGGGCUACCUCGAUCACGUCAUCGUGAUGGAGGAAAUGUCACGAGUGUCUGCAGCCAUUGCUCUCAGUUACGGCGCCCACUCUAACCUCUGCGUCAACCAGAUGGUACGCCACGGAAACGAGGAACAGAAGGAGAAGUACAUGCCAAAGUUAAUGACAGGAGAGCACGUAGGAGCCCUGGCAAUGAGUGAGCCCAACGCCGGCUCCGACGUCGUCUCCAUGAAACUCAGAGCCCAGAAGAAAGGCGACUACUAUGUUCUGAAUGGCAACAAGUUCUGGAUCACAAACGGGCCAGAUGCUGAUGUCCUUAUUGUUUAUGCAAAGACAGAUCCUGAGGCCUAUCAAAGAGGCAUCACAGCUUUCAUUGUUGAAAAGGGAACGCCUGGAUUCUCCACAGCACAGAAGCUCGACAAACUCGGCAUGAGAGGCUCCAACACCUGCGAGCUGAUCUUUGAAGACUGCAAAAUCCCAGAGAAGAACAUCCUUGGUCCGUUAAACAAAGGCGUGUAUGUGAUGAUGAGCGGCUUAGACUUGGAAAGGCUGGUGCUUGCAUCAGGACCUAUUGGCAUCAUGCAGGCAGUUUUGGACUUUGCUGUCCCCUACCUGCACGUCAGAGAAGCUUUCGGACAGAAGAUUGGACACUUUCAGCUGAUGCAAGGCAAGAUGGCUGAUAUGUACACCAGGCUGAGCUCCUGUCGGCAGUAUGUGUACAACGUUGCCCGGGCUUGUGACAAAGGACACUUCAGUGCAAUGGACUGUGCUGGAGUGAUCCUGUAUUGUGCGGAGAACGCCACUCAGGUUGCUUUGGAUGGCAUUCAGUGUUUGGGUGGGAACGGCUACAUCAACGACUACCCAAUGGGCCGAUUCUUGCGCGAUGCAAAACUGUAUGAAAUUGGCGCGGGCACAAGUGAAGUUCGCCGGCUCAUUAUUGGACGAUCCUUCAACGCCAUGUUCAAAUAAUCAGAAGUGAGUGAUGGCGAUCUCUAAAGACUGAAUGAGUGGUUUGCCGUGGAUGAACACAGAUAUUCACACCAAGGGCCUUAUACUGAUGAAAUGUUGCUGCUGUUAGGAUGUUAUCGGAUUAUCACGUUUCAGAAUAGCUGUCUGAUUUCAUGUUACAUAUAUAUAUAUAGUAUGUUAUAUACAUGAAGUAAAAUCCUGUCUUGAUAAUGAUGUUAUAAGCUGUUUGGCAAAAAUCACAUUAAAUGUUGAUUUUAUCGGUCCCUUCAGGUUUUAAUGGGCUGUUUUUGAGAUUGUUGCGGCCUGAAAUGCCUGAUUUCAAGGCAGCUUUAUCUGAAAAAUGAUUCUGCCGUUCUACGCAGUGAAGAACUGUCUCCGCAAACUGCUGUCCCUCUGCUCUUUCUGGCCGGUUAGCACAAGCUUACACAGUACAUUGUGAUCUGAUCACUACGUUUUAAUAUUUUGCCACUUCCUUGCAGCAGCAUUGAAUAUCCCCACUGAGCCGUUAAUCUCACACUGACACUGAAACGACUUGACUCUUUUGUUAAUCUUGUUAAUAACCAUUGGGUGUCAUUAGCCGCAUGAUGCUAGCAGUUAGCCCUGUCACUGUGUGAGUGUGUCGGAGGCACAGACAUCUGGUUCCAUUUUGACCAUGGUGGCAUUCAUCUCAUGAUAAAUGGAAUCAAUGUUUUAGAUAGUCAAAUUUGUAGUAAAGUUGCAGUGAUUGGAAAAAAAAUGCAAGGUUAUGCAGGAUUCACAGGGAUUGGCUGAAUUUGCAUUAAUUGCUGUAAUUGCAACAUUUUAAAAUCCUGGAGGUAAUCCUGGAAAUCAUAUGUUUUUCAUAUAAGGUCAACUGCAGUUUGAAUUGCUUUCAUUUGAUAGCCACUGAAAUGCCAAUAAAGCAAUAAAAUUUAAAGUAUUAAACCUUAAAAAUAGAUUCUUUGCUUAGCUCAUUUUAGUUUAUUUAGGCCCCUUGAACUGAUGACGAUAGGUUGUCUUGAACACUCCGAACAGAAAACUGCCGUGGUUUCUCCUUCAACAAAUCAUGCAGGUUUUUCAAGAAUAACUUCUGAAUACUGUAGCAUUAAAUUAUAUAAAGCAGUAGGCAGGUGAGGGGCGUGUCGCUUUGGGAAAUUUCCUAAGAUCAAACCUGAGGUCAUCCAGUAAUGACUUUGUCUAACUAUAUCACCUGAUUUAAAAACACACACACACACACACACACACAUAUAUCCUGGUUUUAAUGCCAACUGAAAACUCUUUCUGAUCAAUAAGGGGAAAAGAUUUCCGAUGUCUGUUGUACAGAUUUAGCGUUAGAAAACGGUUUUGUCCAUUUUUGGAAUCAAGCAUAUUCCGCUGUUGUUUUCUGUGAGUACGGUCGGACUGGAGAAACUCUCCUAAAGAUUUGUCUUCUCUUCUCAUUGUAGAUGUACAGUAUGAAAUAACGUAGUUUUGUUUGCCAUAAAUAAAUAAAAUCUUUUUUUAUUUCUGGA